GCGAUAACCUUACAACAUGGUGGCCGGUAACUAGCCUUGGGCGUUAGAUCGUCGUUUUGGACGAGGGAAAGCCGUCAUUACAAGAUGCAAGAUUUUUGACUCGAGAACAAGGGAAACUUCACAUGUGGAAGUUUUUAUCCGGCACUAAAUACCAGAUUUAAUUAACUGAAAAAUAAAUUCGUGCGAGAAUCAAAUGUAAACUAUAAAGCUUAAACUGGUUAACAGGUAACGGGUGAUCAAUAAAAAUAAAUUUUGUUUGAAUUUCAGUGAUGGCUCAAAAUGGAAAACGCGACGCCGGUUAAUAACACCAACCUUCCACUUUCAAAUUCUGAAUAACUUUAUUCCGGUAUUUGAGGAACAAGCGUCAAUUAUGGUCACUCUUUUGGAGUUACGUCUAUGGACUCCUCACCCAAUACACAGCAGUAUGCAGAAUCUCCAUAUUUUAAUGCAGUCUUUAGAAUGAGCGAGUUAGUCCAGCAAAGGCAAACUUGUCCAUGGCUCUGGUCAGAUGCUAUUUAUCGAUGGACACGAUCAGGAAGUGAACACGAGGCAUGUCUGAAGAUUCUCCAUGAGUUUACAGAUAAGGUGAUUGAUGAGCGUAUUGACGAAAGAGAAGUCAAGAAAAGAGAUCAAAACAAACAGAGAAACUCGGAGACGACCGAAGAACAAGAAAAAGAUGUAUUCACAAGAAAAAAGCGCCUAGCAUUUCUUGACCUGUUGCUAGAAGCCUAUGACAAGGGAGAUAUUUCACGAACGGGAGUUAGAGAGGAAGUAGAUACAUUCAUGUUUGAGGGCCACGACACCACUGCUGCUGGCAUCACGUGGGCUCUGUACCUUCUUGGCCGGCAUCCUAAGAUGCAACAACGAGUUAAUGAAGAAGUAGACACCUUUUUCGAACAAAGAUCAGAGAAAUUGACAGUGGAGGACAUGAAAGAAUUACGUUACCUGGAGUGUGUUAUUAAGGAAUCGCAAAGACUCUUCCCAUCUGUUCCAUUCUUUUCUCGAUCAACUACCGAGGACUGCUAUCUUGAUGGUUAUUUUGCUCCAAAAGGCACUGCAGUUGGCGUCUCAACCAUCGGACUUCACAGAAACCCAGAAGUGUGGUCAGCACCGCUUGAUUUCAACCCUGAUCGUUUUCUACCAGAGAACAGUCAAGGACGCCAUCCAUUCGCGUUUGUUCCUUUCUCGGCAGGACCAAGGAACUGCAUAGGCCAGCGUUUUGCCAUUCUUGAGGAGAAGACCAUUCUAGCUUAUAUCUUGCGUUUUUUCCACGUUUCGUCGAAGCAGUCUUUUGAUGAGAUGAAGACGUGCGCGGAAUUGAUAACUAGGCCUAAAGAUGGCAUCUUCGUGUCCCUUUGCAGAAGAAAGUAGAAACAAAAACAAAUGUGGAAAUAUACUGGAGUAAAAUUAUUUGUUAUUAAUGCAAAAACAAACGGCCUGCUUGGAUAAAUUUAAGGGUUUUUUUUUCAGUUAUUCCCCCCUAUUUUUUCUUCUUUUUUUAAUUGAGAAAGAAAAAAAUAUCUUAUAUCAAGGCGAAGGUGUAAUAAGUAAAGAGCAGCAACCAAACCAAUUUAUUUACAAGAAACUACAACGGACUAGGUAUGAUUUUCAAGAACAUUUAAAUGUGACGACUAGCGAUAAGAACUUGACGCCAUGUCGCUAUUAUCAAAUGCAAAUAUAACGCGUUUCUUCGUACUAACUUUGGAAAUCUUCGUUGUUAUGUGCACUUGUAUUAUACUUUUGGCACUGGUGCCACACUUUUUUAGUGGCGUUACACUGUUUUCACUGGUAUUACACUUGUACUGUACUGUUCUUUGCCAAUCUGAUUGCGAUUUUUUGUUUUGUUUUUUUUCAAUUAAGUGUAUUAAGCAAUAAGUUAAUAACAUAGGGAAGAAUUUGAAAUUAUUCUAAUAGCUAAUCUAAUUGAAACCCCUAGUAGUUAGAUUUAAGCAAACUUCUGACAACGCAAUAAUUGUAAGGCAGGUUCAAAUGUUCUUAAGCACCUACUCAUAGAGCUUUGAAUAUAAAUGAGCUUCAGGUUUUAAGGGUGUGAAAUGUAUUAUCCUUGGCAUUUAUCCCAUUUAUUAAGCUUACGUAAAUCAAAGUGAGUUGUCGAAAUGCUAUUGGCUACAACUCGUCUAUGACGUUGUCCUUUUGGUAAGCGAAUGUGUCAAGAUGUCAUUAAACACCAUUUUCCUUGAUGAUGUUUGGAUCCACUUGACUUAAAGGAGCUCAGUCAGGGUUUGCACAUUUUUCGCCAUCCUUGACCAUCCUUGCUCCUUUAUGGUUCAUUAUUAUCUCUAUGACGUUUUUUUAUCUUAGUAAACUGUUAUUU